UCACUUUGACAAGAGCGAUUUCUCACUGACGUUUUGAGAAGAACCUUCGGCUUGCAACAGUAAUGUAUCGCCGUUUUUAUUCAAGAAUCGUUUCGAGCCCAAGCCGUCGAACAUGAAACUGUUCCUGUGCCGAACUUUAUGUCAGUUUUUAACGUUGAAAUCGACAGCUGAAACUAAUUUUAAGUGAGAUUAAGUACUCAAAAAAAUGUAUAAAUGAAUGUCAAACCGAUGGCCAAACGAAAAGUCAGCGCAGUUGGAAAUUACAGAUUCACUGGUAGAGUUCUUGGAAAAGGUAACUUCGCUAGGGUGGAAGAGGCAUGUCAUGAAGUACUUGGAAUCAAGGUAGCCGUCAAAAUAAUGGAUCUAAAUAAUAUCAAGGAGGAGUACGUUGUCAAGAAUUUAUUCAGAGAAGCAAAAAUAAUGGCAAGACUAAAACAUCCCUGUAUUGUAUCCCUUUUUGAAACUAUUCAGAGAUCCGACAAUGUUUAUUAUCUCAUAACAGAAAUAGUGACAGGAGGAGACUUAUGCACGUAUGUGAAAGCUCAACGUAGUGGAAAAUUAGAUGAAAAAACUGCUAAACACUACGCUCAGCAGUUCGUAUCAGCUCUGUCAUAUAUGCAUCAUAGGGGAAUAGUACACCGGGACUUGAAGAUGGAAAACGUAAUGCUCAACUCCUCGCAGACUCAAAUAAAAAUCGUUGAUUUUGGUCUCAGCAACGAAUGGUCUGCGGAAGCACCUCUGAAAACACACUGCGGUUCUCCUGAAUACGCAGCACCUGAGCUUUUUGUCACUAGUAGAGUUUAUGGACCUGAAGUCGACCUAUGGAGCUUGGGCAUCAUCCUCUACGGUAUGGUUGUGGGUCAACUACCCUUCGUCAGCAAUAAAAGCCCCAAUAUAUCCUCUCAAGAACGUAGAAAAAUGCUGGUAGCACAGAUCAACAAAGGCUUAUCAGGACCACAGCGUAAAGCAAUCUCCUCAUUUUCCAUAGAGUUCCGAAACCUGAUGACUCGCUUGUUGAACGCUGAUUCAAAAAAGAGGAUCAAUAUAAAGGAUAUGAUCGUGCAUCCUUGGAUAACAGAUAACGGAAAGAAGAUCGUGAAGACCAAUCCUUUGAGGAAGCUCAGCACAGCCACUUAUUCCAAGAUGAUUAACGAGAUCAGCACUCUCUGUCGAAUCCAUGCAAGCGAGGUUCCUAAGAUAAUCGAUAGGAAUCCUUUUGGUACUCUUGGAGCUAUGUUGAACAUCAUGGUCCAUAGGACUUUCAUCAAACCCUUCACGCCAGAUCUCUUAACUCGUGCCGUUUCUGAUAGUACCACUUUGCAUGUGAUGAGGAAUAUGGAGAGGCAAAAGACUGAAACUCCCCUCAGGCUUCUUCAUACUGCUAGAUCGCAGCAAGAAGACAAGUUGAGUGACAAAAUAGCCAGGCCACACACUACAUCUGCUUGCAAAUUGAGUAGAACUAAAGCGAUACUGACUAGGAAAAAUACGCAGUUAUCUCCGAAAAUUUCCAGGCAUGUGAAAGAAGAAUCAUCCAUAACAAAAAGUGCAAGACCUCGUUCCGUACAAUUCACCAAGAAUAGCGAAGUUAAAGAGGUCAAACGUCCUGCUACCUCAGCGUUGCAUAAGCGUCAAGAGUAUUCAGCACUUAUUGCAGCGAAAUUUGUCCACACCUCGAGGAGUAUAAGAUCACGAAAGAGUUCAAACGAUGAAGAAGCAAUUCCUAAGAAAAUUUCAGAUAGUGCGCGCAAAGCUGAGUCCUCAGCUUCAAGUAGAGUUGCCAGGGUCUCGGAUAGCAACAUUCCAAAGAGGAUUAUUAAAACUCCAACUUCUUCGAAACGAAGAUCAUCAGUGGACAGAUCAAAGAAUAUCAAGUCGUUGAGUGCGACAGAAGCACAGAAACAUCCAUAUCUGAGCCACUUACCUCAGUUGUAUACGCUGAUGAAGCUUAUAGGGAGUGAUGUACAGAAGAAGGGGUCGACUGAUCCUCAAAUGAAGUUGAGUGCGAGGAGUAAUUCUAAUAGAUCCACGUGCACGAAACAUUCAGGUAUACCGAUUUUACCAAGAGCGUCGCCAGCCAAAACUAAACUCAGAAGUUGCCAACCAAGCUGUACAAAUAUUGCAAAUACUGUAUCUAGUAAUAGACGUAAGGUAGGAAAAUAAAUGAUAAAAGGUC